AUGCCAGAACCUUAUAUUACUAUAGCUCUUGAAGAGGACAGUGAUGCCAAUGAUGAUGCUGAUCUUGUGAUAGUAGAAGAUUCUGAUACAGAGGUUACUGAGAACAUAGUUUCCAGUGAUGAAGUGUUGACUCUACAACCAGAUUUUGAAGGCAACAGUGAUACCUCUGAGGAACCAUCCCAACUGUCAUAUGGAGUUGAAGGUUUAGCAGAGCUAGGUGACCAACCAGUUUCACAAAUGAACCGUCUAGCAAAUUUAAGAAGACGUGACCCCUACUCAGCGGAAACGGAGUUCAUCCCGUUGCGCAAAAAAGCGCGAUUAUCUAUUCCAGGAGAGGAUAACGUGGAUUGUAUGGGAGAUUGUAGCCCAUCUUUACCCGUGGAAAGGCAGGAAGACAAUGCCGAGACCAACCCUGUAGGAACAUCUCUUCAGUCAGCAGCACUCCCUGAACUGCAGCAGCCGGUCCUCAGGGAGAGUCCACCACCGCCCAGAACUGUCUCCACAUACUCAUUAGAGCCGUGUUUCACACCACGCAGCCCAUCUCCUGGGCUUCCUGUUCUAUCCUCCUAUGUCAGUGAAGGUGCCGAAAGUACCAACAGUGUUAUCUCAUCUGCCCAGGCUACUGUAGCAGUGCCUAUAGCAGUUCUGCCACAAGGAGAACCCAGUCUGGCAGAUACCUCUGAGACAAUGAACUACUCAACUAUAAUGGGAAAUAACAGCAUGGGCCCAGACGCUGCCUUGACAUUUCUCUGCAUGCCUCCCAUUACUGAAGUGUCAGGAAAGGCAGAAACCAGCCUUGGAAACAGCACUGAGUCAAGGUACUAUCCAACUUUUUUGGGUAAUGACAGUGGCCGGGAUACUGCCUCUUCAUCUAUCUUCAUCCCUCCCAAUUUUGGGGAGUUUGAAAUGAUACAUAUUACAACACUUGAAAAUGCUAUACUUACAGAAAUGCCGGGAAAAGCAGAAACCAGCAUGGAAAACAGCUCUCAGACAGUGUAUUACCCAAAUUUGGUGGGCAAUGACAGUGGCCCAGAUGCUGCCUCUUCAACUCUCUCCAUUCCACCCAAUUUUGAAUCCGGCCCAGAAAUGCGUUGUGAGAUAAUGAAUUAUCCAAUGGUACAGGAAAGUGACAGUGACGAAGAUACUGAUUCAGAAAAUUCCUUCCUCACUGCUUCUUUUGAAAUAUUGGCGGAAGCAGUAAGCAGCCUGGAAGAUAACACUCAGAUGAAAUACCCAGCUUUCUUGGAAGAAUCCGGCCCAGAAAUGCGUUGUGAGAUAAUGAAUUAUCCAAUGGUACAGGAAAGUGACAGUGACGAAGAUACUGAUUCAGAAAAUUCCUUCCUCACUGCUUCUUUUGAAAAGAGCCCUGAGACAACAACUUACCCACUUUUAUUGGAAAAGAACAGUAGCCAAGAUAUUUCCUCAUUAUGUCGCUGCAUUCCUCCCAGUUUUGGAUAUCUUGGUGAUCCAAGAAGAAAUGUCAGGAUGCUUGAUAUUCAUUUGAUGACUGCACAGAAGGAGGCCACACCUAAGCACGCAGCCCGCUACUUGGUUCGUAUUUUGUUCUCCAAGGAAAUCAUGAUUUCCAGCUCUGUAGCUGUCAAUUCCCAAGGCCGCCAACCCCUGGAUCCAAACAAAAUGGCUGCAAUAAGAGAACAUCUGGCAGCAAUUUUUCCCAACCAUGAUUUACGUGAAUGUGGAAAAGACUGGCAAGCCUGUAUUUCCGAUAUCAAUUCUCUGAUCUGCCAUUUAUGUUCCAAAAGAACACCCCAGAAAACUGUUAACAAUAUAGAGCCUACCAACCCGGAUACAGAUUCGAAUGAUAAAAGGGAUGGUGAUGACAGUGAAAGUAGUUCCCUGUUACCUCAGCAAGCAGCUGGCUCAGAAACAAGAGAAAAUGGGAAUUCUCAGCAGAACAGCAGUCCUGAAGGAAUUAAAGAACCUUCCACUGAUAAUUCAACAGUAUCUUAUGAAACACUGGAAUAUCUUGGAAAUCCGUGUAGAAAUAUACAGAUGCCAAAAUCAGUUCUGAAUAUAGCAAAAGAAAAGUCUCUCCCAGAGCUGUCAGCCAGAUACCUUAUUUGCAACCUGUUCACAGAGGAAGUCCUGAUAAAAAGUAAUGUCUAUGGCAGUCUGGGGCGUGGCACGUGCGCCCUUAACGCCAAUAAGAUUAACGCUCUCCGAGAGUUUCUCCAAGACAUCUACCCGACUUGUGAUCUAUCAGAAACUGGAUGUGACUGGAAAUUCUGUGUGACAGCUAUCAAUAGUUGUAUUUGUAGUCUUAGAUAUGACCACAAGAAGUCCACAUCCAAAUCACAGCCGCUUCCAGAAACGACUCCUUCGACAGAGUCAGAGCCAAGAGAUACUGGCUUAGCUGACUGA